AUGAGUUUGGAGGAAUCGGAAACGGAAGUAAAGAAGCCAGUGAAGGAGGUCCCUGUGGUGCAGGAUGAGGGGUUCUUCCAGCACCAAACAGGAGACACUUAUGACGGGUUCUUCGAGGCGAAGAAGAAGGAUCGCAGUUUGAAGAUGUGUGGUCCCGGCGUCUACAUAACAGCGGAGGGCGAUAUCUACUCAGGGAUAUGGGAAGGGGAUAAAUUUGGCAGUGAAGAAGCUUCCAUCUCCUACAAAGAUGGCUCGAGAUAUGAGGGUUACAUCAAAGAUUGGAGCUACAGCGGUAAAGGGAAGUACUUCUAUCCAGACAAUAGUGUUCUAUCCUGUGAUUUUGUCGAAAACUGUCCCGUAGGCAACUUGGUUAUGACGGACCCAAACGGCCAUACUUGGUUGGCUACUGCGGAGCGCGGAUACGGAUGGUUUGAACCUGUGAAUCAUUACUAUGAUAUGCUGGAGAAAACUCGUGAUUAUGGUGGAUUGAAGAGACGAAGUAAGAAGAAGCCCGAGCUGGAGAAAGAAAUCCCCCCAGAAACAGGCAAGAAAGAUACACCGGUCGCGUCAUCUAAAAAGUCUAAGAAAUAA